AUGAACGAGAAUAACCCACUGGACCCGGAAUUGAAUGCUGCUAGUCUGGCCGAUACCGAUGACAGCCCAGCCGAAGCCAAAGCCAAAGCCAAAGCACAGGCACAAGAAGAACCAGAGCCAGAACAAGAACAAGAGCCAUCGGUUAGCUCCUCCGUCUCCGCCUCCGGUGAACCUUCCGCCGCCGACUUUUCUUCCUCUCCUCGCCGCUUUCAUCCACACUCUCAUCCACCUUCUUCGUCGCUCACUUUUGGUUACGUUUCUGUUGAACAGCAUAAUAUCCCGCCCAAUCCCCCUCGCCAAUCCCGUGCUUUCUCCUCCUCAACAUCCGCCUCGCUACUCGCCAAUUCUUCUGCUGCUGCUAUCACAAGGAAGAGUCGCGGCGCCGAGCCCGUCACUCGAGACGCAUACGCUACCGCUCGCCGGGCCAGUUUCACGGCAGCUCCAAGCUCGACAACCGCCGUCUCGUCCUUGCCAAUCAGGAACCCCCGACCUCUGGCACGCACUCGCCGCGAGUCCAUGACCUCAGAUACCGCUUCUGAAGAUCAGACGCUGGCCGAUUCCCAACUUCCAGGCCCUGGAGAAGAACCCCACCAACAGCGAACUCGCUUACCGUCUGCCAACGAGAAUUCCUACACCGUAUCGUCAGAAGCUUCCAACGCCGCGAACCACCGAUUGUCUUUUUCCUCGGACUACCAGUCUAGGAGACUCUCUGGAACUUCCAUCUACUCUCUCGCAUCUGCCCGUGGUGUACUCAGCGGUUCAUCAUCAGCUCAUGGUUCAGAGCUAGGCACGCCACCGAGAUCUGUACCUGGAUUACUUUCAACAGGCAAGAGCACAGCAACAGGCCAAUCCGAAGCAGAAGUCUCCAACGUCACUGUCACUACUUCUAGCAACCAACCGGGUCAAUCAGUCGUGGGACAUCCUAAUCAGCAUCAUCUAACGCCUCGCGAUCUUCACUCGCAGCCACUUGACUUUACAAAACGAGCUAUUCGACACGACAACAUGCAGAGCAGUACGUCUGGCUUACGGCAAGGGCCCGAUAGAUCUCGCAGCCGAGCCAAGAGACGCUUUAGCGGAAGCACAGCAACUAGCAGUCACAGCCCGAGUAGCGAUCGGGGUCCCCACCAUCGAGAGAGAGAAGAGGUGAAACCAUCACGAUUUGGUGUCAUUGGUGUGUGCGCUCUUGAUGUCAAGGCUCGAAGCAAGCCCAGCAGGAACAUUCUGAACCGACUCAUCGCCAAUCGUGAAUUCGAUGUGGUGGUCUUUGGUGAUAAGGUUAUCCUCGAUGAAGACAGUGAUUACCUGAUUUCCUUCUAUUCCGACGGGUUUCCACUUGACAAGGCCAUUGCCUAUGUCAAGGCUCGAAAGCCUUUCUGCGUGAACGAUGUUCCUAUGCAGCAGAUUCUAUGGGACCGACGCCUGUGCCUCCACUUGCUCGACAAGAUCGAGGUCAGGACACCAAAGCGUGUCGAGGUUACUCGUGAUGGUGGCCCUCAAUAUCUGACGCCAGAGAUGGUGAAGCAUAUCAAGGACGUAUCUGGAGUUUCUCUGGAUCCUAUUGACCCUUCGCAGACACCGCCUCCCCAAAAAGUAGAGCUGAUCGAAGACGGCAAUACUAUCAGUGUAGAUGGUCAAACACUCCGAAAGCCCUUUGUUGAGAAGCCAACAAGUGGCGAAGAUCACAACAUUAUCAUAUAUUUCCCCACAGAAGAAGGCGGCGGUGCUCGAAAGCUCUUCCGAAAGAUCGGAAACAAGAGUUCGGACUACAUCAAAGAUCUCAAUGUCCCCAGGGCCAUCACAGAACCUGGAAGCAGUUACAUCUAUGAAAGCUUUAUGCAAGUCGACAACGCCGAAGAUGUCAAAGCCUACACUGUUGGUCCAAACUAUUGCCACGCAGAGACCCGAAAGAGUCCUGUAGUGGAUGGCGUAGUACGAAGAAACACUCAUGGCAAAGAGUUGCGUUAUGUCACGGCCCUUGGUGCCGAAGAGAAAGAGAUGGCCAGCAGGAUCUCUACAGCUUUCGGCCAAAGAGUCUGUGGGUUUGAUAUGCUGCGAGCAUCAGGCAAGAGCUAUGUCAUUGAUGUCAAUGGUUGGAGCUUUGUCAAGGAUAAUGACGAUUACUACGAUCAUUGUUCCAACAUCCUGAAGGAUCUUUUUAUCAAGGAGAAAAUGAGAAAGGGUGGUGUCACUCCCCCUAUGCCUUCGCCUGCGCCAUCAGAUACAGACCCUUUCACACGAGCAUCUAAUGCGUUCAAGGAUCGUGAACAAACCCAGCCUGGUACUAAUGGAGUCCGGACGAGUAUCAAUUCCAUUGCAGGUACUACCGACUCGCAACCCGACGACUCUUCCCGUCGUGCACCCAGCGGCACAGUUACUCCUCUUCUACCCCCAGACAGCGGACUGGCUUCUAAGACGCACAGCACGCUGGCAACUCCAGCAAUCCCACCCACUCCUGUUGAUGUGACCCUGCCGGGUAUUUCAUCCGCCCCUCCAACCCAGCAGAGUGCUAUCGCGGACCCUCCAUCAGAGCAAGCAUCCAUUGUCCCUGAGCCCCCCCUGCCAACUCACUCCUGGAAGCUGAAGGGUAUGGUCUCGGUGAUUCGACACGCAGAUCGCACUCCCAAGCAAAAGUACAAGUUUACGUUUCAUUCGGAGCCUUUUAUCGCGCUUUUGAAGGGCCACCAGGAAGAAGUCUUGCUAAUUGGAGAAGCUGCACUUGGAAGUGUCGUGCAAGCUGUGGAUUUGGCCUACGAACAGGGAAUAGAGGACCGCGCUAAGCUCCGGUCUCUUCGAAAUGUUCUCGUCAAGAAGGGCAGCUGGCCUGGUACCAAGAUUCAGAUCAAGCCUAUGUUUCGAAAGAAGAAGACCGAAGAGCCUGCUAUUAGCGAAGAGCUGGUCGCCAUGACUGAGGAGAAGAAAGAUGUCACUGAAGAAGCAGGCGACUCAUCAAAGGAGGAUAAGUCCCACCAGGGUCCAAAACGACAAGAUUCGCUUUCUGGAGUGACGAUGUCCAAAUUCACCGCCGCCGAGGAGCGUCUGGUUCUCGACAAACUGCAGCUCAUUGUCAAAUGGGGAGGCGAGCCAACACAUUCGGCCCGAUAUCAGUCUCAGGAACUCGGCGAGAAUAUGCGCAACGACCUCAUGCUUCUGAACAGGGAUAUUCUGGAUGAAGUUCACGUUUUCAGCAGUUCUGAGAGACGUGUGACUACCAGUGCUCAGAUUUGGGCCGCAUCGUUCUUGGGCAAAAAGGAUAUUCCUGAGGACUUUAUCACCAUUCGCAAGGAUCUUUUGGAUGAUUCGAAUGCUGCCAAAGAUGAGAUGGACAAGGUCAAGAAGAAGCUCAAGGGGCUACUACGCAAGGGCAACGAGCGUCCUGCGCAGUUCACCUGGCCGGAAAACAUGCCUGAACCUUCUGAAGUACAAACAAGAGUUGUACAGCUGAUGAACUUUCAUCGACGCGUGAUGGAUCAUAACUACAAGAAGCUACAGAGUGGUGCUGUUACAUCCCUCAAUGCUAUCUCAAAUCCUAGUACGGAGAAACUAUCAGGGGAAAACUCAAGCUCAUCAAUUGCCUCAUCCCUUUCUCAAGCAAACACUCUCAACCAGAUCCAGUCAAGAUGGUGCUGUGGCGAAGAUGCUGAGCUCUUCCGGGAGCGCUGGGAGAAACUCUUCCAGGAGUUCUGCGAUGGCGAAAAGGUUGAUCCAAGCAAGAUUUCGGAGCUCUAUGACACCAUGAAGUUUGAUGCACUGCACAACCGUCAGUUCCUCGAAUGGGUAUACACGCCGCCGAACCACAUGCUUGAUGAAUACACAGCUGCUGGUGCCAGUGGCGUACCUGGAGGUUCUAACGGUACCAAGGAUGGAAAGUCGAAGGAGUCUGAGGAUGGCAAAACUUCCGAUGACAAGAGUGAUAAGAGCCACCAUCCCUCGCCUGAAGGCUCAGACAAGGUGGAUGCGGGAAGCAGAUCAGCCUCAGUCAAGAAACUGUUUAGAAGACGAUCGUUCCUUAACAAUCUGCGGCACUUCAACGAAGAGGCACCACCUGAGCAAUACUUCCGCCUGUACAAGGGCACGAAGCAGACUGCAUCUACAGCCGAUGCCCAUAACGAACCUUUGCAGGAACUCUACCGUCUCGCCAAGGUUCUGUUUGACUUUAUCUGCCCUCAGGAAUAUGGCAUCUCGGAUAGUGAGAAGCUCGAGAUUGGUCUGCUCACAUCGUUGCCACUCCUGAAAGAGAUUGUGCAGGACCUGGAGGAGAUGCAGGCGUCAGAUGAUGCCAAGUCAUUCUUCUACUUCACCAAGGAAUCACAUAUCUAUACAUUGCUAAACUGUAUCAUCGAGGGAGGUGUAGAGACCAAGAUUAAGCGCAGCACUAUCCCUGAACUCGAUUACCUUUCUCAGAUCUGCUUUGAGCUCUACGAAGCAGAGAUGAAAUCAGGCGAUGGAACAUCACCUCAUGACGCGCCUACGUUUACGUACAGCAUUCGUAUCACCAUCAGUCCUGGCUGCCACGUCUUCGAUCCCUUGCAUGUUCAACUCGACAGUCGACAUUGCAUCGGAUGUGCUCCCAGGCGAAGUUUGACACCCCACGCGGACUGGUUGCAGGUCAUCAAGACACUCCGAGCCAAGUUCAACCAGGUCAAACUACCAAAGACGUUCCUGGCAGUCAACUUGUCUGAUGCCUUUACAUUCGAGGACCUUGAACGACAAGGUAGUGAUAGCGAUGUGUUGGAGAUGAAGACUGCGCCGUCUAGAGGCAUAACCGAGCAGCCCAAAUCUCCUGAAGAUGAGGGUUCAGAGACACUUGCAACUGGUGCUGGCGAAGUUAUGAUCUCAUAG